GCUUCAAGAAGAAAACAAAAAACAUUCUACAGACAAGUCAAAACAGAGUCAUCUACAGGAGACAAUGGAAGUGACCCUGAAAACAGAAGUGGAAGCUGGUGCUAGUGGUUUUAGUGUGAAAGGUGGAGGAAAUGAAGGAAUAUUUAUUAAAAAAGUACUUAAGGAAUCUCCUGCUUCAAAAAUAUUUAGUCUUAGAGAAGGUGAUCAGCUUCUAAGUGCCACAAUAUUUUUUGAUAAUAUCAAAUAUGAAGAUGCACUCAAGAUUCUCCAAUAUUCUGAGCCAUACAGAGUCCAAUUCAGCCUCAAAAGAAAAAUUGCUGUGCAAGAAGAUCUAGAACACUCUACAGCUCAGCACAAAAAGGAAAGGAUAGGCCAGGAAAAAGAACUCAGUGACAGCAUUCCUGAAGAAACACCGCAUGUUUCAGGAAAAGACAUUUCAGAAGAAGACAGGGAAACAUUAAUUGUAAGCCAAAGGCUGGGAAGAAGUAAGAGACCUAAAAAAGAUAGAUUAUCAUGGCCGAAAUUUCAAACAAUCAAAAAUAAAAAGAUAUUGAGGCACAGAAGAUCUCAUAGUACAUCAGAUGCAUAUGAGCCUGCUAUACAGGAUAUUUCCCCUACAAGCACAGACACAGAGUCUCAAUUUCCACAAGAAGUCCAUACCAAAGAGAAGAAAGGAAGCCAAAGGAAGCUGAAGUUCCCUAGCAUUGGAUUCAGAAUGCACAGAUCCAAACCAGAACCCCAAGAGAAGCAAAAAAAAGAAAUAAAAACUACACUGAUAUCUGAAAGAGAAAACAUACAUAAAGAUGAUAUAAGCCUGGAAAAUCCUGAAAUCUUAACUCUUGAAUACACCACAUCUUCUGCUUAUGAAAUGAAAACAGGGGAGAGAUAUGAAACUUUAACAAAAGACUUAAAAGAGAUGAAAAAUGGCAUUCCAUCUCAAGUAAAACAAUGCCCUGAGGUUGAAAUAAGCAUUAAAAAAGAAAAAGACAAGGAAGCAACAUCAAAAUUUAGUGUACCUGAAGUACCAGACAUAACAACAGAGAUACCAAAGCCCAGCUUAGAAACAGCUGAUCUGAAAGUAAGCCCAACUAAAAAAUCACCACAAGCCUCAUCAAAAUCCCGAAAAAAGAAACAGAAAGGAACAGCAGAUAAAAAAGACGAAGAAAGUGGAAUUAACACAGACUUGAAGGGUAACACAGCUAAAGGGUCUGUACAGGUAAAAGGCCUAGAAAUAGGUACUGCUAAAGCAGAAUUACAGACAUCUGAUGCACUGGAAACAAGAGAAAAUCAAGCAGAAGAGGACAUACAGAUAGUAAAUAUUCAGAAAAUAAAUUAUGGAAUUUCAAUGCCCAAAAGAAAAGACACAGAGACUGAUGCCACCAAACAGGGAGGUGAUGAUCCACAGUCAGUACCAGACAAAACAGCUGAUAUGGCUUCAGAGGACAGCAAGAAUUUCAGUGUGAAAUCUCUUAUGCCAGAUGCAGACUCAGAAGUGUCUACUUGGAAAAUACAAAUGCCAUCAUUCAAAGUGGCCAAAACACCAAAAGCUGAUAUGAAAAUAGCAAGAGAAGAAAGCAGAGAGGACAGAGAAGAUAGGGUAAAAAGGGAAGGAAUAGAGGAAGAUGGCAUGCCCACAAAUGAUAAAGCUUUAAAUGUAGAAAUUGGAAUGAAGACAGGAGAAAAAGAUAUAGAGGGGAAAGAAAGCAAAUUCAGAUUGCCAAAGUUAAAAUUCCCUACAUUUACCUGGUCAACUACAAAGGAAGAAACAGCCCAAGCUGAAGCACAGAUAAGUGAAAAGGAAGUAAAAGUGAAAACCCUAGAAUAUGCAGAAGGGCUUCAGAUCAGUGGAAGAACAGAAGAAAUAACAGUUCCAAGUGCUGAAAUACAAGUAGGCAUAUACAAAGGAAAACUAGACCAGGACGACAUAAACCAAAAGAAAAAAGGCAACUUGACGAGUCCAAAAGAAACAACACUGAAAUCUUCCACAAUAAAAAUUAACACUGAAGACACAAAGGGAAAAAUACUAAAUACAAAAAAUGACACAGAAAUGCAGAAAAGAGAAUUCAAUAAAAAAUCAAUAUAUGAAAUAUCAGAAGUUACAAAAUCCGACAUCCAAGUUGGCAAGGUGGACAUCAGCCUGCCCUCCGUCGACGUCACCCUUCCACAGGCCAGCGUUGACCUGCAGGCGCCUGAGGCCACCCUUAGCGUGGAAGGAGAAGCCAAAGUCCCAGAGAAGGAGGCCACCAAGACCAAGGACAGCAAGUUCAAGAUGCCCAAGUUCGGCAUGCCUUCCUUUGGCUGGUCCAGCAGCAGAGAGGCCAAGGGCACUGUGGCCGCCGAGGUGGACGUCAGUCUCAAGGAGCCUGAAGUGACGGUGCCCUCGGCAGCCGCCGAAGCGGACGUGACGCUGCCCUCAGCGGACAUCCAAGCACCCGGCGUGGAGGCGACGGUCGAGACGGUGGCUGUAGCAGCAGAGGGCGAGAAAGGCCGAUUCAAGAUGCCCGAUGUCAAGAUGCCCAGCGUCAAGCUGCCCAAAGUCAAAGGUCCCCAGGCGCAGAUCAGCCUGCCCAAGGCUGAGGUUUCCUUGCCCAAAGGCCAGGAGGGUGAAGUCACCCUUCAAGGCCCCGAGGCCGAAGCCAGCCUGGAGGUGGCUGCCGGCAAAGCUGAGGGAGGCGGCAUGAAAAUACACAUGCCCAAAGUCAAGGUGCCCAGCGUGGUCUUCUCCAAGCCCACUGUCAAGUCUCCCAAACUGGAUGCAGACAUCAGCCUCCCACAGGCAGAGCUCAAGGCCACCGAUGCUGACGUCAGCAUCGCGGCCCCCGACAUCAAGCUGCCCUCUGUCCAAGGCUCCCUCGAGCUCCAGGCGCCCGAUGUAGACCUCAAAGCGCCCUGCGCCGAAGGCAAGCUCGAGCUGGAAGGUACUGGCUUGAAAGGCAAACUCAAGAUGCCCAAAUUUGACAAGCCCAAAUUCUCAGUGUCCUCCCCCAAGGCCGAGUUGCCCGCAGCCGAGAUCAGCGUGCCCAGCGCAGAGGUCGACCUGCCCUCUGCCACCGUGACAGCCGCGGGAGAGGGCCCGGGGCUGGGUGUCAAAGCCGACGUCCCCGGUGCCAAGACGGAAGGCGCCGGCUGGAAGCUGGAGAAGCCCUCCCUCAAGAUGCCCAAAGCUGACAUCAAAGCUCCCAAGGUGGACGUCAGCCUGCCCUCCGUUGACGUCACCCUUCCACAGGCCAGCGUUGACCUGCAGGCGCCUGAGGCCACCCUUAGCGUGGAAGGAGAAGCCAAAGUCCCAGAGAAGGAGGCCACCAAGACCAAGGACGGCAAGUUCAAGAUGCCCAAGUUCGGCAUGCCUUCCUUUGGCUGGUCCAGCAGCAGAGAGGCCAAGGGCACUGUGGCCGCCGAGGUGGACGUCAGUCUCAAGGAGCCUGAAGUGACGGUGCCCUCGGCAGCCGCCGAAGCGGACGUGACGCUGCCCUCAGCGGACAUCCAAGCACCCGGCGUGGAGGCGACGGUCGAGACGGUGGCUGUAGCAGCAGAGGGCGAGAAAGGCCGAUUCAAGAUGCCCGACGUCAAGAUGCCCAGCGUCAAGCUGCCCAAAGUCAAAGGUCCCCAGGCGCAGAUCAGCCUGCCCAAGGCUGAGGUUUCCUUGCCCAAAGGCCAGGAGGGUGAAGUCACCCUUCAAGGCCCCGAGGCCGAAGCCAGCCUGGAGGUGGCUGCCGGCAAAGCUGAGGGAGGCGGCAUGAAAAUACACAUGCCCAAAGUCAAGGUGCCCAGCGUGGUCUUCUCCAAGCCCACUGUCAAGUCUCCCAAACUGGAUGCAGACAUCAGCCUCCCACAGGCAGAGCUCAAGGCCACCGAUGCUGACGUCAGCAUCGCGGCCCCCGACAUCAAGCUGCCCUCUGUCCAAGGCUCCCUCGAGCUCCAGGCGCCCGAUGUAGACCUCAAAGCGCCCUGCGCCGAAGGCAAGCUCGAGCUGGAAGGUACUGGCUUGAAAGGCAAACUCAAGAUGCCCAAAUUUGACAAGCCCAAAUUCUCAGUGUCCUCCCCCAAGGCCGAGUUGCCCGCAGCCGAGAUCAGCGUGCCCAGCGCAGAGGUCGACCUGCCCUCUGCCACCGUGACAGCCGCGGGAGAGGGCCCGGGGCUGGGUGUCAAAGCCGACGUCCCCGGUGCCAAGACGGAAGGCGCCGGCUGGAAGCUGGAGAAGCCCUCCCUCAAGAUGCCCAAAGCUGACAUCAAAGCUCCCAAGGUGGACGUCAGCCUGCCCUCCGUCGACGUCACCCUUCCACAGGCCAGCGUUGACCUGCAGGCGCCUGAGGCCACCCUUAGCGUGGAAGGAGAAGCCAAAGUCCCAGAGAAGGAGGCCACCAAGACCAAGGACGGCAAGUUCAAGAUGCCCAAGUUCGGCAUGCCUUCCUUUGGCUGGUCCAGCAGCAGAGAGGCCAAGGGCACUGUGGCCGCCGAGGUGGACGUCAGUCUCAAGGAGCCUGAAGUGACAGUGCCCUCGGCAGUCCCGGUAUUGGAUAUAUCAUUGCCUGACUCUGAUGUCCAGUCUCCCACUUCUGGUGUUUCGCUGCUCUCUUCUGCUUGUAAAGAGGAGGAAUUUGGUAAAUCUCAAUCUCCUGUAUUUCGAAUCCCUAAAAUUUCCCUUUCUAAAAGUUUCAAACCUCCUGCACAAAAGCAAUCUGGCCUUGAUGUUUCUGUUUCCAAAACUCAUUCUUUAACUGAGGAAGCUUUUUCUGUUUCUUCUGAGAAUGAUGGAUAUAAAUGUUUGGCUGACAUUAAGGGAGGGAGUGUAUCUAAAGGUACCAAAUUCAAAGUACAUGGCAUUGGUUUCUCUAAAGCUGAAGUGACUUCAUCGAAAAUUGAUCUGGAGUCCUCAUUAGAAAAGGGGGAUGAUAUUACUCUUACUAAAUAUCAAAGUAAUCUAACAGAAUCUCAAUCAAAAGUAGCAUCUCUUGCUGAUGAAAAUCUUUCAGAUUUUGAAAUUUUAAGUGACGAUGGUUUUGAGGAGCAGGGUGGCUUAAAGGUCGAGGGGAAAACAACAUCUGCUGCAACAUCUCUGGUUGACACAGAGGUCACAGUUAAAAUUCAUAAAUUCCGAAGACCAAAAUUCAGAAUUCGAUCUAAGGGAAAAGCAUCUGAAAGUGACAUGGCUUCUAGUGUGGAAUCUGAAAUUAGCAAGGGAAGGAUAACAUGUGAUAUGACUGAUCCUGAUAUUGAAAACCCAUCUCAAAUCUCUGAUGCCCAGCUUGGUGUAAAGUUGCAUAAGCCUUCACUUGAAGUUGUUCUGGAUGCACCAACAGUGGAUCCAAAUGUCUUACCCAUGGAGGUUACCUUGCCAAAAUUAGAAGCAGAAAUGCAUUGCCCAGAUUUAAAGUGCAAGGCAGAACAGGAAGUAAUUACAGAAGAGAGGGGUACUGAGGAGAAAGAAAACAAAUUUAAAUCAUCAAAAUUCAAACUACCUUCAUUUAGGUGGUCACCAAAGAAAGAAGCUGUUGCUUCUUCUCAUGUUGAGGAGCAUCUAGAAGGACCCACUUUGUAUACUUUAUCUGGAGACAUGGAAUCUGAAUUAACUUUUCCUGCUCCUGAGAAUCAAUACAUCCAUGAAGAAUUUGAUACAACAGAAAAAGAUGGUGAAAAGUCCAAAACCAAGAAGUCCCAAUUUACCAUGCCAAAGAUCUCAUUCCCUAAAAUGAAGGGUCAGAAAGUACAGGUCUCUCUGCCUGUACUGGAAACUGAUGUUUCUGGACUCAAACAAGAAAAAGAAGGUGUUUCUGUUCAGAAGUCUGAGAAAGGGAGUAGUGGAGAAGGGGCAGGACUGGGCAUAAAAGUGCCAGAAGUUACAGCCCCAACUUUGGAAUUUUCUAAACCAGAAGCCAAAGCCGCCAAAAUGGAGAUGGAUAUUAGCAUGCCUACAGGUGAGGUCACAGUUCCUGCCUGUGAAGAAGAUGAGCUGAGAAGAUUGAAAUCAGUUGCUGCUAGUGCCAGCCUCUCCACCUCAGAUAUUAAGAUGAUACCUGAAGGUUCGCUUGAGGUGAAGAGUCCUGACAUAAGCGUUGAAAGAACAUCAAGUGAAAUUGCUGUGGGUGAUGUAGAGAUAAAAGCUGAGGGUUCUGAAGGGAAAACAAAAAUGUCUAAAUUCCAAAUGCCAAAAGUAGGAAUUAAACUUUCUAAAGGGAAAGGAUCACAAAAGGAUGUUGGCCAAUCCAAAUCAGAAGUCAAGGUUCCCCAGCUAAAAGCAAUGGUAGAAAUAUCUGACAUUGCUGUUGAAGCACCAGACUUGGAGGUGGAAUGUGGCACAGAAACAGAGAUUUACAGCCCUGAAGCCAAAAUUACUAAACCUGACAAUAAGGCAUCAGAGGCUGAUUUUCACCUCACAUCAGCUGGCAUUUCCAUUCCAAAAACAGACAGUGAUAUUCAGGAUUCAGAUGCAGCAGUAAAGAUCAAGAAGGAAAUAAAGCAAGAUGGAGAUGGAGAAGAGAAAGAAGGACAUUUCAAAAUGCCCAAAUUCAAACUUCCAUCCUUCAGCUGGUCACCAAAGAAGGAAGCAAGUGUUAAAUCAGAUUCUGGAGCAAAUUUGGAAGAUCAAAAGCUUGCUGUCAUGUCAAGCAGAAUAGACACAGAAGUAAAAGGAACUGCAACUGAUGAUCAAGGUAGUGGGCCAGACCUUGAUCUGGAAAUAUCUGCAGGAAAAGUUGAACAAAAAAGUCCAGUUAAAAAGCCACAGUUUGUCAUGCCUAAAAUUUCACUCUCCAAGAUCAAGGUUCCAAAAUCUCAGUCUCAUUCACCAAAAGUUGAAGCUGAUGCUACUCUUCCUAAAACAGAAAUAGAAGGUGAUGAUUCAAUUAAGAUACCUGAUAUAGAAAAAAGUCAUCCUGAAGGUACUGAAGAAGGGGCACAAAUAAGCAUAAAACUGUCUGACACUAUGGUCCACACUCUGGAGUUUUCCAGAGUAGAAACUGAAGCCUCUAAAAGUGAAAUAACAGUCAGCUCAGCAAAGAUUGAUGAUUCUUUAACUCCCUCAGAGGGGAGUUUUCAACAGGUUAACUUAAUUUCAAGCUCCACCAAUGAAUGUAACAUUCAAAAAACAGGUAUUAAGCUCCCCAAAGGAGAAGCUUCAGUUGAUUUGAAGAGCCCUGAUAUAUUAACAGAAAGCUCAUCAGUUGUGGAUGGAAGAAAAGUGAAAUUGGAAGGUCCUGAAGGGAAGAUUAAAAUGCCCAAAUUCCAGAAGACAAAGUUUGGAAUCUCCCUAACAAAAGGGAAAGUCCCCGACACAGAGAUCAGCUCCCCAAAAAUAGAAACUGAGCUACGAACAACAAAAGAAAUUGUUGACAUUGCUGUGGGAGUUCCAGCAUCAGAACUUACAUCUGAUAUGUCAGAUCCUGGAGUAGUUGAUGGUAAGAUAAAAACACCUCAAGCUCUGAUGGGUGGCAUUGAAGAUGCAAAGGUAGACAUAAGCACCCAGUCAGUGUCUAAACCAAAGACAGAGGGAGUUAUUGAGAGUCUUGAGGAGAAGGAAAUCAAAUUGAAAGAAAAUGAAAUAAAAGCUGAAGAAGUUCAGACUGAAGAAUAUCAGGGAUGGUUUAAAAUGCCAAAAUUCAGAAUACCUGCAUUUGGGAGGUCAUCCUUAAAAGAAAAAAAAAGUGAUGUUGAUAUUGAAAGAAGUAUGGAAAAAGUUCAGGCAACUAUUCCUUCUGCUAAAGUACAAACUGAAACAAGUAUUCCUGAAAAUACCUUCUCAUUACCACAAGCAAUUGCUGAAAUUACUAUUGGAAAAGAAGGGAUUCAAAAAUUAGGAGAUUCUGUGAAGAGUUCUGAUGCUUGCUUGCCAAAGAUGGAAGGAGAUAUUUCAUUAUCCACAGAAAGAACAGACAGUAGAGUGAAUAUUCCAAAAACUGAAACUUAUGCAGAUGUAGUUAAGCGCAGUGCUGAAGGACAUACUUCAGAAAUCACCGUGCCUGCAGCAGAAUUGCCUAAAUCAUACUCAAGUGCUUCAGAAACUGACAAAGAGAAGAGUUCAAUAAAUAGGUUUCCUACACAUACUCUGACGUUUCCAGAGCAUAAAGGCAAAUCAUGGGAUAUAGAAGUGGCAAAGGUAGAAAGUUCCAUGAAGUUAGAGACAUCAGGGGUAGGAUGCAAACCAUCAUCAGCUGAAAUUAGUCUGGAUGUAACACAGAAGAAAACAGAUGUUAGUCUUCCAAAGGAAGAGCUAGAUACUCAAAAUAAAGAGAUGGCAAUUGAAAAAGGAAAGAUAAAGGACGAGGUGAAAAUCAUAGGAAAAGACGGUGAAGAAAGUCAAUUAAAAAGGACUAUAUGUGAAUGGUCUACAACAAAAGGAUCAGAAGAUGGUACUUAUGUUACUGCUAAGCUGGAAGACCUAAAGGUAGAAGUUCCAACAGUGAAGACGGAUGUUAAAAUUACUACAGUAGAUCCUGAAAUGAAAUUUCAAGUGAGAAGUGUUGAAAAAGAUGUGUCUGCAGGAGUGGAAGUGCAAGUAGAAGACAGAACAGAAACAAGUAAAAUUAAAGCAUACAAGUUUAAGAUUCCAAAGUUUGGAAUAUUGCAUUCAGAAAUCAAGGGGUUUGAAGAUGAUACCAAUAUGCCAAAGUCAGAAGCUGAUUCAGCACCUAGAAGUGAAAGAGGCACAGCAGAAAUGCAGUUAAAAAAACCAGAAGGAUCAACUGGCCUGAAAAGUCUGGCUCUAGAUGAUAUAGAAGCAGCCACCAGAUUAACAGGGGAAACAGUGGACCAAACACAAGGUGUCCCAGAAGUAAGUGUAAGAAUUCCCAAACUAAAAAUACCAAGAUUCACUUUCAGAACUCUUCCAAUUGAAGCUGAUGUUUUACUGUCAAAAGUAGUAACAGAUCCAAAGGGAUCUAGUACUGACAUUGAAAUAGUGCAACUGCAAGCAAGCUCUGCUAUCCCUGAAGAAACACCACGAACUCCAGAGGGGGGCAUUCAAAAAGCAAAAAGCAAAAUUUUAAUGCUGACUGAACCUGACAUUAAAACAGCACAAAUGACAGCUACCAUAGAGUCCUCCCUUUCAAAUGCAGGGCGAGACAUUCACUGGUCUUAUAUAGAGGGCCAAGAAGUAAGUGAGAAAGUAGAACCUGAACAUGUUGCUAUUGAGCGGUGUGAGAUUUACACUACUGAAAUACUGAAAGAAUCAGAGGUUCUGUCAUCAGAAGUCAAAACUGCUGCUUUGGGAUUCUCAUUGCUUAAGGCAAAGUUGCCUGAAUCACACAGCGAUUUAGACGUGGUGGUCCAGCAGCCAUCUCCAACAGGAGGUGAAUCAGUGAAAAAACCUACAGGUGCUGGUGAAAGCUUUGGAGUAGCAGCCAAGAGAACUGGCAGUGCUGAGCUUAAACUAUCUGACAAACCACACUGUGAGUCUGAAGAAUCUAGAGGAAAAGUAAUUUUGACAAAGUUGAAAACAUCUGCUGCUGAAGUAAAGUGUUCCAGUAAACUGGAAGAGAGUUUUCCUGAUACAUCACCUCAGGAAAUAACUGCAGCUCCCCUCUCUGAAGAUGAAGAUGUAGUUGAAGCAGUGGAAGGUGAAGAAAAAGACAUAACGAAUGAGAAAGAAAAGACUGAUAGUAAAAGAUCUCCUGGAAGAUUCAAAUUUUGGCUUCCAAGUAUUGGCUUUUCUUCUUCUGGGGAUGAAACAAGCACAGAUGCAAAACCAGAAAUAAAAAAAUCAGUUCCAGAAGAUGUGAAACCUGCUGACACAUCAGAUGAUUCUGCUAAGCAGGCUGAAAAAACUGGAUGGUUUAGAUUUCCUAAGCUUGGUUUCACAUCUCCUUCUAAAAAGGCUAAGUUUGUUGACAAAGAAGAGGUGGGUCAUAAAGAGGGGAGACUCUCAGAUGAAGAUAGCCCAACAGAUAAACCAGAUGUGUUUUUUGAUGCACAAGAAAGCUUAUCACCUAAAGAGAUAGGAGAAGGUGAAAAAGCUGAAAUUGAUGGGGCCUCGUCUAUCGUGACAUCUUCAGCAAGAACUGAACUAAUCUUGCUGGAGGAAGAAAAAGAUAGUAAAUCUAAUAUUGUUGGAGAUACAACCAAAUGAAGGUUGUAUUUUCUCAAUCCUCAGUGAAAACAAAAUCAUCUGUGUGUACAGAAGAGAAUGUUUUCCUGAUUUUCUAGUAACUGAAAAUUUAAACCCAAGGCUGGUAUUCAUGAAAACACUUGAACAGAAUUUACCACAUUCAGAUUUUCAAGUAUAUGUAUGUACUAGAUUGUACACUAAUAAAAAUAGUGAUUUCUUCAUAUCUACCCCAAGGGCAAAAGUUAUGACAGGUGCUGUUAUGACAGAGCCCAUAGUUUGAGUGAAGUCUGAGCAGAUACCAGAACCAUGAAAGUAAAUCAUUGAAAGGCUCAAUGAUAGCAAAAGACUUGUUAAAGAGGCUUCUCAAAACACACCAGUUAUAUUUAGAUUGCAGAUUAUUUCCAGAAUGGGUUCUAAACCUGUACUAUGAGAACUGUAUUUACCUGUUUAGAUUUUGGAACUUUCUGAUCUAUUUUUGCUUUGUUAUUAAAAUGUUUUUCUUUAUUUCAGCUAAGGUAGUAUGUAUAUUCCACAAACACUUUAAAAUACAAAAUAAAAAUUAAAUACUAGUGUAGAGAGACUAAUGCUUUGCCUCUUCCUCUCUUCUCAUUUUUUUAUUAUUGUGGUGGGUCCUAUUUAGCCUUAUGAUAAUUUGAAAAAACAAAAAAAACAGCAAAAACCAACAGAAUUAUUUCAAGACCAUAAAACAUGGAACUAAAUCAUGUUUGUAAGAUACCAGAAUAAAACAUGCUUCCAAAGAAUAUUACUCAAAUGUGGAUAAAGAAAUUUUAAUGUAUAUACUUAUGGGAUAGUUAAAUGCUUCAAAAAAAAAGUGGAAUUGCUUCAGAGAUUUUCUGGGAAAGGAGGUGUAUAUAAUUAUUUGUCCUUUGUUUAUAUUAAUGCUUCUCUCAAGUGCACAAUGAAAACCAAAGUGCAUAUGUGACAGCCUUCACAUGUACCAUUAAAACACUGCCUGUAUUCUUCAUUCACAAUAAACUCACCAUACAAAUAAUAA